AUGGCGUUCCACCAAGAUUUUCUGUUCGAUAAAAUUGCAACACACACUUUCAUAACCAGCGUUGUAUUCGGAGCGAUGAUUGUCUACGCAGUGUCAAGCUUCUAUAUUAUCAUCCACUCUUCCAAGUUCCCAGGCCCACCAAUAGCCGCUGUCUCUAAUGUAUGGUAUGCUUACCACUGGCUUUCUGGGCGAUAUCCAUGGGCAGUCGAGAGAGCUCUAAGGAAAUACGGCGAUAGAGUACGAAUUGCACCUAAUGAGCUCGUCUUCGUUACUCCGCAAGCCACAUUUGAUAUCUAUAUUUCUCACGAGAAGAACCACGAGUUAUUCAAGAAGACGGACUUCCAGAACCGCGGAACAGAUCUUGCUGCAGACCUGUCAUGGGACGAGAAAAUGCAUGAGAUGAGAGAUAUGAAGAACUCUGUAUAUCUUGAUGUCCUACUCGGCUUCAACUUAUUCUCCACCGUAAUUCAGGUGUUCAAACGAUUCCCACUUCUUGAUAUGUUCCAAUACCUUUUCGUACCUUUCAAUAAAUUGAAAACGUUCGUCAACAUCGAAAGACAUACUCGCUCAAAGAUAAAUCAGCGUAUAGAGAUGAAUGGUCACACAGAGCAUCCUGACUUCUUCGAUUUCAUCCUGCCUGCCGGCACCCCACGUCCAACAAAUCCUCGCGAGGCCACACAUCUAGGUUCAGUUUCCAUGCAACUUAUGUUUGCAGCAUUUGGACCGAUGUCGGACUGGUUUUAUGCCACCAUCUUCUUUCUCCUCGAGGAGCCGAUUUGUUACAAGCAUUUGAUCGAAGAAGUUAGAAACGCUUUCAAAACUUACGCCGACAUUGUCCCAAGGUCCUUAACAUCGCUGGCAUAUCUGAAUGCUUGCCUUGCGGAGUCCCUCCGUGUUCAUCCAAGCAACGAUUCAGGCUUACCGCGUUUCAGCCCUGGUGCCUUGAUUGAUGGGGAAUUCAUCCCAAAAGGGAGCCGCGUUCAGACCAGCAUCUUUGCCCUUUCUCGAAGCCCGCGUUACUUCCACGAUCCACUCCACUAUCGACCACAGCGGUGGCUUUCCUCCAAUCACCCACUUUAUGAAGACAAAUUCGCAAAAGACGCAUUAGAGCAUUUAUUCUCAUUCAGCCUAGGCCCUAGAGCCUGCAUAGGCAGAGACAUGACAUGGAUGCAGGCGCGUCUUUUUAUGGCCAAGUUGCUGUGGACCUUCGAUGUGAUAAGGGUGCCAGGACAACAGAUUGACUUGGAAAGAAGUUUGCUUCACUAUGGAUUCUUGAUCAAGCCGGAGCUGAAAGUGAGAUUUGUGCCGGUUCGCAAAGAUGAGACAAGGUGA